GCCGCCGCCGCCACCGCCGCUGCCGCCUCCGCCCGCCUCGCGGACCGAGGGAGCGGGGUCGCCGCCGCCUGCCAGCCCGCGUGCCGGGGGCUGCGGUGGGCCAGGAUGUCGGGCUUCCUGGAGGAGCUGCUCGGCGAGAAGCUGGUGACGGGCGGCGGCGAGGAGGUGGACGUGCAUUCGCUGGGCGCCCGCGGCAUCUCGCUGCUCGGGCUCUACUUCGGCUGCAGCCUGAGCGCCCCCUGCGCGCAGCUCAGCGGCAGCCUGGCCGCCUUCUACGGCCGCCUACGGGGGGACACGGCGGCCGGGGCCGGGGCCGGGCCGGGGCCGGGGGCCGGGGCGGCCGCGGAGCCCGAGCCGCGGCGCCGCCUGGAGAUCGUCUUCGUGUCCUCGGACCAGGACCAGCGGCAGUGGCAGGACUUCGUGCGGGACAUGCCGUGGCUGGCGCUGCCCUACAAGGAGAAGCACAGGAAGCUGAAACUUUGGAACAAAUACCGCAUUUCCAACAUUCCAUCACUAAUAUUCCUAGACGCCACCACCGGGAAGGUCGUGUGCAGGAAUGGGCUGCUGGUGAUCCGCGAUGACCCAGAAGGUUUGGAAUUCCCUUGGGGACCUAAACCCUUCAGGGAAGUCAUUGCAGGGCCCUUGCUGAGAAAUAAUGGACAGUCCCUGGAGAGCAGCAGCUUGGAGGGGUCUCACGUGGGAGUCUAUUUCUCUGCACACUGGUGCCCACCCUGCCGAAGCCUCACCCGGGUCCUGGUGGAAUCCUACCGGAAGAUCAAGGAGGCAGGCCAGAAAUUUGAGAUCAUCUUUGUUAGUGCGGACAGGUCCGAGGACUCAUUCAAACAGUACUUCAGUGAGAUGCCCUGGCUUGCCGUCCCCUAUACCGAUGAGGCCCGGCGGUCACGCCUCAACCGGCUGUACGGAAUCCAAGGCAUCCCCACCCUCAUCGUGCUGGACCCCCAGGGGGAGGUGAUCACGCGGCAGGGGCGUGUGGAGGUGCUGAACGAUGAGGACUGCAGGGAGUUCCCAUGGCACCCCAAGCCCGUGCUGGAGCUCUCCGACUCCAACGCCGUGCAGCUCAACGAGGGCCCCUGCCUCGUCCUGUUUGUAGAUUCUGAGGAUGAUGGGGAGUCUGAGGCAGCCAAGCAGCUGAUCCAGCCAAUAGCCGAGAAGAUCAUUGCCAAGUACAAAGCCAAAGAGGAGGAGGCGCCACUUCUGUUCUUUGUGGCGGGGGAGGAUGACAUGACUGACUCCCUGCGCGAUUACACCAAUCUGCCGGAGGCUGCCCCUUUGCUCACCAUUCUGGACAUGUCGGCCCGGGCCAAGUACGUGAUGGACGUGGAGGAGAUCACCCCCGCCAUUGUGGAGGCCUUUGUGAAUGACUUCCUAGCAGAAAAGCUCAAACCAGAGCCCAUCUAGGGGGCUCCAGCCUCAGGAGACGUUAUUUAAAACUUGGGUCUUCUCCUCUUCCUCCUCCCCUUCCUUCCCUCCACCCUUGGACUUUUCCAGCGUGUCCCAAAUCACACAACCCAAGUGUCCAACCUCUCUGUGGUGCCUUGUUUUCUGCAUUAACUCCUCAGCCAGCACCCUAAGGUGCACAGCCUCUCCGCAGCACAAGAACCCGCCGUGUCUGGAGACCCUGCUCGGGACCAGCGCGCACCCCAUCACGGGCUCUCACUGAAGUACGUACCCGCUGGUCCUGCGCCUAGGGAGCAUGAAGGGACAGCGCCCCGGCGCUCUGGCCCCGCUCCCGGCGUCCGCACGGCACGCAGGGCCCAGGCCAGCGCAGUGACGCAAUGACGCAUGGCUGUACGUGCGGGUGGAGCAGGGAAAGGGCCACGGGCUCGCGAAGCCUCCGCGCGGAGCUGCUGACGGGAAUGGCCUUUGUCCUAAGUGAGUCCGGCUCUCUCGGUGUGAGGGAAAAACACCGGCUUGGCAGCCCGUUCGCGGGCCAGGGGAUCGCAAGAUUGCGAAGGAAGCUCGUGCUCCUUCUUGGGGAGAAAAGGACUAGCUCUGGUAAAGAUUCGUGUAGUAACUGCUUCCUCCGAGCUCCUACCACGUGAUAAGAAAGAGCUUCUCGUGUUUUCCUUACGUCUUUCUUCCUGGAUCUUACCUUCUCCAAGUUUCUGCCUUCUCGUACGAACAGCCUCUACUGUCUUGGAAUUUUAUUCAUAAAUUCUUCCCCCUUGGACAACUUCCCGAGAGGCACCCAGCCCUGUGUCCUUAGAGGAGAGCGCAGACCUCUGACUCGGCCCACCUCUGGGCCUGGGGCCACUGCGGCUCUGCCCAGGUGCCUGUGUCCGCCUUUGGUUACCCGUCAUCCCUCUUUUCUUUUCAAAGCAGAACUAAAAAGAGACAAGAAAUUACCAGAAGCCUAGCUUUUCCCUAAGAACCUGCACAAGGAGCUGUGUCAUAGGGUGGCAGUGGGAGCAGAGGACGUGUCCACUAAAAGUAGGCCUUGGAUCCACUCGGCUAGGCUCCAGUAGCUUGGCUCUCACAGAAGAAAAGUAACAGUUGUGUCCUUGGCACUUGGGGUGGAGGGCUUUGCCUAGGGGUUCACAGGGUUUGGGCCUCUCUCGACCAGGCGUUAGGGUCUUUCAUACGGUCACGGGCCUUACCCUUGGCUCCACUUGUCAGCCAAGACCAUUGAUUUGGAAAACCCGGCCCCCCACCAGCUGUUGACACCACUGCUGCUUGCUGAAUUGGAUUGUUGACGAGUAGUUCAGAGGCACAAAGUUAGUUGGUAAUUAGACAGUUACUUGAUGGCGCAAGCCUGAAAUGCAACCACCUAGUAAGAAAUAAAGCAGGCAACUCUGGACAUCAUCAACAACUUGGCCUUUCCUGUGCUUAAUAACAGAGAUCUUCUUGCUUGUAGUGCUGGGCUCUGGGGAGGGGGUUGGGGGGGAGCAUACAAGAUCCUCUUGACUUUCUUUGGAUACCUUAGUAGCUGUGUUCCAGAAUUAUCGAGAACUGGUCGCCUGAAGUCGAGGAGUUCCUUUGGCUUAGAGCACUGGAGGCAGAUCCCUGCCGGAGCUCUGGCUGCCAUCUCUCCUGGUUCCACUUGUGCUGGCGGAGGGUGGAUUCUCUGGUCACAGGCCUCCUUGUGGACCCUGGCGCUCAUUCCCUCCCCACAGGGGAACAAGUGCUCUGAAGCCCAAGGAGGCCAGUUGCAGAAACGAGGAAUCCCACGCAGGUCUCCCUGUGAAGAACAGGCAAUAGCUGGAGACCCUCAGCCCUAGCUCUAGCCUGGGCUAGGGGCUUCUCUGGAAACCCUGCCUGUGUCUCCUCUGGGUGUGCGGUGGAUGCGGGGACAAGGUGAGCUCCACCUCACUUGGAAGAUGGGUUUCUUUGGAUUUCUGCCUGUGUCCCAUAUCAUGAUAGCCUUGGAGAAAAAGUGGUCUCUCUCAGCAACUACUUCUCUUCUGGUGCAAAAGGAACAGAGUCCAGUGAGGGGUGCCUGUAAGUCCCUGCGGCAGAAAAAUUAGGUCAUCUGUGAUUGUUCUCUGGCCUUACGGCGCUGACUGAACUACUUGCCACUAAGGGCAACGGGCUCCCUACCACCAGAAUUCCCCUCUGAGAGUGAGUGUGUAGCUUAGGAUCAGUGGGAAGGUUUACUACAAAAAACCUUUAGGUUUAUAUGGCGGCUUUGAGGGGAAACGCUGGGGGAGGACCACUUCACCAGUGCCAGCAAAACCCUCUCUCAGUGGUGCCAGAGAUCCUAAAGGUUCUUGAUGCAGACGGAGUGGGUGGCUUCCUAAUUCCCACUAAGCAGCUCCAGAAUACCUUAAUUCUUGUCACUAAUUGGAAGCAGGUUAAAACCCUGGCUGUGAUCUCUUCAAGGGCUUCCGUCAGCAACGAGGGAAACCCGCGCCCCAGCAGGUUGAGGCAGGAAGGUGGGCUGUAAAAAUGCCACCCUGGGGUUCCAGAUCUUGUGCUCGCCACAAUGACCUCCAGAUCCGAUUCUACCCAUUUUCACAACGAGAUGAGAUUUUUUUACCUGUCCCCAACAAUAAAGAUCUGGUUAAGAAUAAAGGGUAUGUGUCUGGAAUUGGUAUGUACAGUGGGCAGCGCUGAAUGCCAAGGCGCAACCAAAGCUUCCUUUCCA